ACUGACACUUGACAAUAAUGAAUUUAAAGUCAGCUGAACAAUGCAUCUUUAUUUAUUUAUUGUGUUGAAAUAAUUUACCAUGUUGCGUAUUAUUAACAUGUAAACCUUAGUGGUCAAAUGUUUCACGUUAAGGAAGUGAAGUUUUUUUAUUUUAUAUUUAUUGUAAUUACGUUGUGAUCUGUGUUUACUUCAUAUAAAAUGUUUGGAAGACCAAGAUGCAGAGAGUGGACACCUUUAACUACUCAACAGCUUCGUCUCCGUAGUUUAAUUCAGAUUGUGGGAUAUAACAUAAGGCCACCUGAGAGGUGUACACAUCAGUGCAGUUACUACCUGACCUUGCAUCACACUACAAUGUCUGCCCCAUUCUACACUAGCGAGAGGAUUUGCUCACCUCACCCUAAGUGGAAAGAAAUUGAUUCUGAAAUAACACAGCGUAUGUCAUCAACAAACGUAGUUAUACGGAUAUGGUGUCAUAUUCUCAUGCCUCCAUGUAAAGAUGAGGACGAGAAAUGCGAACAAGUGCAGGACACUAUCAUUCAAACGUGGGGUGUAUAUUUUAGUGGUCUCCGAUAUAUAGGGGCUAAUUUAGCUUUAAACUUUACCUCGGAUUGCUUCAAAAGCAACACUCUGGUAUUCCAAAUGCACGGUGGAUACUUUUGUUCGUAUAAAAGUUUGAAAUUGGACGUAAUACCGCCCGAAAAUGAAUUAGAACAAGGGUCUCUCUCGUCGGACUCAUCGACCAAGACGAAUGUAUCGAAGAUUACUUUGGAAUCAAAAGUUUUACAAAGUCACAAAAUUAUAAAUGAAUCUAGAUCGCUUUCUCCGGGUAAAUUUUCAAAGAUAUCCGAUAAAGAAUAUUCGAAAAGUCACAGUCCAGUCGAAAGAGGUUUUAAACAAAAUUUUCCUACUCUAAGAUCUUCGUCAAGUUUGAAUAUGUCUUUAAAUCAUAGAGAGAGUAAAAGGGAAAAAAGUACUGAAAGGAAAAAUGUAGAUCCCAACCAUAUAUAUGAACAUUCUCCUGAUAACAUAGAUGUUAGAGAAUUUACAAACAGUGAUCUUAACUGUGAUAAAUCAGCUUCCCAAGAGGAGCUGUCGAGUAAAGUAGACUUGAGCGAAACGGCUGAAAGUUACGACUUACGCAAUGAAUCUGAUGGAGUGCCAAAAUAUAGGUAUCUGGCGCUGAGUUUCCUCAAAUCGGAAAUUAGGCCAAGUUACAAUGCAACGAAAUUGCAAAAUCUUCAUUUGCUUCAGUAUUCUAUAAAGAAGCGACAAGAAGCGGUCCAGGAAAUAAAGGAACGGAUAUAUAAGAAAUCAGCUUUAAGUGAGACUUGGACAUCGGAUUUUGAAUUAAAACUUAAGGGUAAAAGUAGGUCUCAGAGGAAUUUGUUUUCGCCUGACGAAAGUGAAGGUUUAAAGGAAAAAUCCUCUUCUCAAAGUGAUUUGACCGUUAAAAAUGGUAAAAUAAAAGAAGAAAAAACACCAGUAUCAAACGGUCCGCGAUUGACGUUAAAAUUAAACGAUCUUUUGUCCUAUAAGUCUAAGCCUUCUCCAUAUCAAAGAGCAGAACACGUUAGACUUACGAAACAAUUAGAAAUAUUACAUUUCAAAAGACUUAUACUUUCGGAUGAGAGAGAUAGCAAAUUAGCAAAUAUUAGACGAUUGAAAGAGAGACAUGCGAAGUUGUUUGAAGAGAAUCAAGAUGUCGGUUCAGAAUUGAUGCAAAAUUAUCACACGCUUUCUCGUCGUACUGAAGCGUUGAAAGAGACAAGAGAGUCGUGUUAUGCACUAAGGGAGCUUGCAGCGAGAUCUCACGCAGCUUUAGCGAGCUACAGAAGUGAUUUACUGAUGCAACUGUCUAGAAUCUUCUAUAUAGAUCAGCAAGACGCAACAAAUUGGUCGAUAUGUGACGUGCCACUACCGAUAUGUGGUGAUGAGAACCCUCGAGCUUCGAAUCCGGUCACAGAUUCUGUCGCAGCCGGUUUUGUAGCUCAAGCGACAUCACUAACAGCGGCCAUAUUGAAUCAACCUCUACGCUACAAGAUCACGUUACUCGGUUCAGCGAGUAAGAUAUUAGACAUCACACCGGAUUUACCGGAUCCAAAUAUACCAUUGUUCGCAAGGGGCGGUGAUAUAACUCUGUUUCGUUACGCGAUGUUUCUCCUGAACAAAUGCAUUGCCCAGCUGCUCUGGGGUCGCGGGUUGACGGUGCACGACAUGAGGCCGACGCUGUCUAACUUACAGCGUUUGUUGACCACGCCGAGUAACCUAACGGAUACAUCGAAGUUAUUCGGUACAUAUCGCUGGCUAGCUGACAGUCUCUGUCCAAGGACGCAGUCACUACGAAGUCUGGUGCCAUCUGAGAGGAAAUAUAGGCAAUUCAAUAGAUUUAAGGAAUCUGUCGAUAGUCACACACCACAGAAGACGGUGAACGUCAAGAGACAUAAGCAUUCUAGAAGCGUUGGAAGUUAUCACGAAGAUCAGGAUUUAUCGCUAAACGAUUCGACUAUGUCGAUAAUGGGAAGCGAAUCGAACAUAUACAAUAUGAAAUUAACGAAAUCAGAAUGUUCUCAAAGUCUGAAACCACACAAUUCCGACUCAGAAAUAGCUAAAUUAACGGUACAGUUGACAGAAAAUAAAGUGCAGUUCACACUGGGCGACGACGACACGGUGGACGAGAAGUUGGUGAGAAUAUCGAGUAAUAACGACGACGAAGUUACGUGUACGACGUGUCUCGACGAGAACGUCAAGAGGAUAUGUUCGGAAAUAACGGACUUCUGUUCGAAUUCAAGUAGGAAGAGUUACGAUUUUCCUAAAAAUGAAAUCGAUAUAGCUAAGUAUAUGGAGAGGAAGGUCAGCGUUGAAAUCGAAGAUGUGGAUGUUUCGUGCGAUACGUGCGGUCACAACAAGAGUGGGGUCUGCGACAUAGCCUGCGCUAAUAACGUGCGGGACGUCAUCGUGAUACCGAGCGCGGAAGCCAUAUUGGAUACGGGGCCGAGUUUGAAUUUGGAAGAGGAACAGAACGGUUAAUAUUUCAUAAUUAGAAUAUUUUAUUGUUUUUCUC